UCAUCCGAGUUUUUUCCAUGUCCGCACUGCACUGUCUCCUUUACUGACUUGGACUUCCUGGAGAAGCAUGUUAAGUGGGUCCAUCAGAAACAGUACCUUGCGAAACUCAACACAUGCAUCUCAAGCCGCACACUAAAUCUCAUCCCCAAAUACAGCUGCGGUGCAUGCAGCAGUACCUUUAACUCUAAAGUACACCUCAGGGUCCACGUACGUGAAGUCCACCCUUCUGCCCCUCCCCGCAGGCUUCACCCUUGCCCAACCUGUGCUCGCAGCUUCCAGUACCUGAAGAACCUAAAAAAUCACUGUCAGCGCUGGCACAACAUGUCUGUGGUUACUAGAGGAGGAUAUCUCAGUUGUGCUGAUUGUGGAAAGAGUUUCAAAACUACCUGGGGUCAAGGACCUCAUUUGUGUCAUGAACUAGAUAGCACAGAGCCUGAAGAUAAACCAAUCUGUCUGGACACUGGUGUGGAGUGUCCAGAAUGUGGUAAGAAAGUGCGCACACCUCAAAGCCUGGAAGACCACAUGCGCACCCACACAGGCGACCGGCCGUUUGUCUGCAAGGAUUGCGGCAGGAGGUUUGUAGAGCGCAGCGGCUGGCGACAACACAUGAAAAUACACACAGGGGAGAAGCCCUACAAAUGUCAGGUGUGUGAGAAAGCCUUUUUAAGGUCCCACCAUCUUAAGUGCCAUUUAACAACACACUCUGGCAAGAAGGAAUAUUCCUGCUCGGAAUGUGGAAAGGAGUUUGGAUUGAAGUCUAGCCUGGAUCUACACCUGAGGACACAUUCAAGUGAAAGACCCUUCCACUGCAAUGUGUGCGGGAAAAACUUUAACACUCAGAGAAACCUGAGGGUUCACACUAAACUUCAUACCAACGAGAAAGCUCAUCAGUGCGGAGACUGCGGGUUGAAGAUCGGAGAUCUCGGCGCUUUAAAAAUACACUUACGAACACACACUGGUGAAAGGCCUUACCACUGCACUGUCUGCGGCAGUAGGUUCAUUCGCCUUGCCCAUUUAAGAAAUCACCAACGCACCCACACUGGUGAGAGACCCUACAAAUGUACUGAAUGCGAUAAGAGUUUCACACAGUCCGGUGACUUGGUGAAACACAAACGGAUACACUCUGGGGAAAAGCCCUUUGAAUGUCCCGAGUGCCACCGCUGUUACACUUCAUCUGGUGAUCUGGGGAAGCACAGGAGGAGUCACACUAACCUGCGCCCCUACACAUGUCAAGAAUGUGGGAAAAGCUUUCGCCUGUCGGGCCAUUUGAAAACUCACAUGUUAACUCACACAGGCGAGAAGCCGUAUUCUUGCCCUAAAUGCCUCCGCAGGUUUGCCCGCUCUCACCAUCUUUCCGGUCACGUUGCCAAAUGCCGCUAAGCUUCAAUGAGAAGAUUGUAAAUAGGACAGUGCUGACUUUAAGUUGCAAGUAAAAGUACACUACCCAGUCUGUUUUUGUUUGGUUUUUUUAACUUUUUUUUUUUUUUUUUAAAUGAAUGUGUUAAAACGAACUCUUAACUCUAAAUGUAAUGCAUGAAAUUUUUUACACAUCAAAAGUAAAAGGCUGUCGUCACGCUGCCGUGCAGGCAGCGGAGCGGCGUGGGGAACCAAGUUUGUGUAAAAAUCUGAGUUCAAAUCUCAGUGAGCUCAAUGUAAAGGUCAGAGGUCAGCAUUUCUGAAAAUCAUCUAGUAUUUUCAAAUGUAUGCCAUAGGUCCAUCUACAAGGAGGCAGAUGGGUAGAACUGGCGGUUGCCAGUAGUUUUUCUUUUAACGGCACUGUCUCAACAAUAAUCUGUUUUUGCAAAACACUAUAAAGAUAGCUUGAACAAAUCAUAUGAAAUUCUGCUAAUGGAUUGUUUUUGUUCUUCCACUUGUUGAUUACUAAAUUAUCUGUAAUACAUCAAUGAAAGUUUGAAGUGCAAGGUGUAUCCCUGUAUUUAUUGCUUUUAUAUA